CCGUUCUAAGUACGGUGGCUGAGGAGGGUCCCCGGCAGUCACCUUCCUGCGCUGCUCGCGGGAGUGGUGACCAUGGCUCAGAGCUCCCCGCCACCCUUUGACCCCAGCAGCCCCCCCCUUAUCGAGGGCUUCGUCCCCACCCCGCUGCAUCGGGAGGGGUUCCGGGACAAGUUCCUGCGCAAGACUCGCGAGAACCCGCUGGUGCCUAUCGGCUGCCUCUCCACUGCAGGGGCUCUGACCUAUGGACUCAUUUGCUUCCAGAAAGGCAAUACCCGCCAGUCCCAGCUGAUGAUGCGGGCCCGUAUCCUGGCUCAGGGCUUCACCAUUGCUGCCAUCAUGGUGGGGGUGGUGGCCACAGCAAUGAAAGCUCAGAAGUAAGGUCAGGCUGGCGAUGAGCUGCAGCCUCCAGGAGUGGACAGGCAACCUGUGCUUCGUGUUGUAGAAAUGGACCCUUUGGCCCUGGAGAGAGUGAGUGCAGCUCUCAUCUUGCUGGGGGACCAGCUCAAUGGUGGUGGUGGAGCAAUUAUUAAAGAUCCUACGGGGUUCUAGAGUUCUGGAAAUGCAGCUAAUACACCUGAGUGAUUCAACCUAAAACCUGACCUGCGAGAUUUCUUGACUCCAUGGGCACUCAUCCUUUCCUGGGGGACCCACAGGCAGCAUCAGUCUCUAGCACCCAGCAUUAUUAAUGGCCGUUGGAUCCAUUGCCUUGGUGACCCCCCUGGGGAACGGGCUGUGCUGACCCUUAGGCACGAUCAAGUGAUGAAUCUUUCCGGGCAGGGAGUGGGACCAAAAUACUGUGGAUGAGAGAGAACAGUCCCCCUCUCUGGGGCUAGAUCCUGUCUAGAGAGAUCAUGUCCCAUGACCAGGGCUUGUCUGGAAAGAAUGUGAGAUCUAUUAGGUUACCAACCAUAAGCCAACUGCACCCAUGCUUUGUAAAGAGAGAAUUGCAGUGAGAUUCUGAUCAGGACAUUGAAUUCCAAAGCAGAGGGAAAUUGUGAAGGGUCCUUAUAUACAAUGGGGAAAAAAAACAGGUAGAGAACUGCUGCUGUAGUGAUGGAGAUUAGGACACAGGAAAUGCAGCUCUCUGUUGGAAUGUGUGAAAUUGGAGAGUUUCAAAGGUGGGGUCACAUCAGGUCUGUGGGUUUUUUAAUAUUAAUGGUUGGAGUUUAACUACUGUGAAACUAAUCAAUCUUUGUCAAGAACUAGAAGUUCCUGCAUUCUGAGUCUCCGAUGCCCAAGGGGAGCAGUAUUUUCUCCUGUCUUAAACUUCCCAGCAGGAGGCUCUGUCUAAAAGCUCUCCAUGAAUUAACUGGAAUGUGUUUAGUAUUAACAUUGAAAGAUGGGAAAAAAUCUCAAUGAAUAAGGAUCCUCCUUUAGCAGGUACUUUGGAGCUACAUCAAUAUUAUAAAGAAUGUUUGCUCUUCCUAGGUCAAACAUGCAGAGCUGGGGUGGGAGGAUUUAAUGAGAGGGAGGGAAAUGGUCUGUUGACUCUAAUCAUAUCUGCAGGGUGUAGUUCUCCUGUCCUUCCUUUUGGCAGCUGCAUAGUGCAGGACUCUGAAGGAGAAAGGCAGAAAGCAGAUGGUAUUGACAGCACCAGACUGGUGGCUGCGGUCCUGCAUUGAGUGGCUGACAAAAGGAAGAAUGUAAGGAGCUACACACAGCAGACAUGAAGAUCUAUGCAGAAGAUUUGUGCCAUGAGGGGGUCUCCAUGCCAUAUUGUGUCCAGGGAAUCUUUGUGACUGGGGAGGGUCCCAGCUUGCCUCUCAGAUCCCAGGAGGUUUGCUGCCCUGUACUUGUAAACAGAGCCAAAUGGCCUCGAGUCUUUGAGACAGUGAAUGUGGAAGCCUGUAAGGGCAGCGUCUCUGAGUAGAAUAAAGCUACUUGGAGGCAAGGCUGGACAGAAUGAAGUCAGAGAACAAAGACUUAGUAACAUACCUCUUGCUGCCUCCCACCACCCUUCCCCUGGCCAGAGCCCAGUGACUUGCAUUGGCCAUUUGGAUGGACAGGGUAUUUUGUUUCAGCCAAGGGUGCUGUGGCUUUGAAUCUUGGCACAGGAGGAAGGGAUUGCAGGGUUAGUCUGGCAAGCACCUUGUUCAUUUGCAAUCUGGCAGGGCUCAGAGUGGUGGGGUUGGCUCAUCUCACCCAGCCAGGAUCUGCUUCACAAGGGGCAGUUUGGAUUUAAGGUAAUGGGACGUUUCAUGAUAGCUGACACCCCAGUGUCAGGCAUGCUGACGUCCUUGUCUCUGCUGGGAAUAAAUACAGCCAGGUCCUGUGAACCUCCGCUUUGGAAGUAGCAUGUUCUGCCCUGGUCCUGGGAGGUGGCCUGCAGGAGGCCGGUGCAUUGUAUCUGAUCGUGUUGACAGGUGAAACUGUUUCUCUUCAGUUGGGUGGAGGCUGCUGCUUAAUAAACCUUCCUUUGGAUGAACCUUC